AUGAAGUACCUCAAAAGUGUGGAUUUUCUGACUCGGAUCAGCACUCCCGAAGAGACUCUAAUUCUAUUGUCAGAGCUGAAGGAAUGUCUCAUCUGCGGAGCAGAAACUGCAGAUUGCACAGGCCAAGCCUCCAAACAGAUGACCGCAUGUGACAGAAUCCUACGGGCUUGUAUUCAUAAGUUUGGGGAAGGUUUGGACUGCCCUGCUCACUUGAGACAUCUCCAGGCCUUAGCUGAGAUGGCCUAUCAUGGCUACACAGCAGCUAGGCAUCAGUAUGUUCCUCUCUAUUUAGAAAGACUGCUGCAUCACUUGCUGAGGGGUGUUGCUGCCCGGGGCCCGUCUGAUAUGUGCCUAAAGUCUGCACAGCUCCUUUAUACUGAACUGUUGAAAUACCAGCCUCCCCAGGUGCCUGCUGAUGAUUAUACUUCUAUUGCCAAGAGUACCUUUAGUGUGCUAUGGAAGAGUACAGAUGUCAUGGGUAAAGCAGACAAGACUCCUGCAGACUUCAGGGCUGUGCUGUCCACCCAGCUGCAGGCAGUUUGCUUCUUGGUGCUUCUGCAGCAUGAUGUCCCUAGCACUUUGCUUCAGGAACCUCCUUUCUUUACCUCCUUGGUGGCCCAGCAUGCAUUUGCUGCAGCUGUUGUGUUUGAGGCCCAGCGGUCUCCACUGAGCAGAGAAGAGGCCCGUUUUCUCAGUGAGCAGUUCUCCCACCGCCUGGUUGCUGCCUUUCUAGAAAGGAAGAGAGGGAAUGAGCCUUUGACCUUCCAAGACUGCCUUUGCAUCUUUGAGCUUAUGGUCAUUAGAUCCCGUUACCUCUGCAAAAGCUGCUGCUUCAGGGAAGGCAUGGAAGUUCUCCAGCAGUCUGCUGGCUACUUGAAACAGAAUUGCUUUCGUGCCGCAUUAGAUGUUCUCUCUGCUGGAGUUGAACUGCACCGAGGCUUGGCUCUUGCUAAGGAUUCAGUAGGGCCUUUGUUCAUCCAAGCAGCCGAGGCUCUGAACUACUCAGUGGAUGCUCAAGAAGCCCUGCUUAGAGUGCUGGCUGAAAGCUGCCAGUUGCUCAUCACCCCUUUGUACGGAAAUGCAAAGAAGGAUAAACAGAGCCUUUUUAACUUGGAAGACAUUCUGGGGAUCUCUGCUUUCAUGAAAAGUUACUUCAGGUUGCUCCAAAAGCUUCUGGAUUUGGUCCCAUCAGACAACAUAAAACAGCAGCAAACUCUGAGGAAGCUGAUCUGUCACUACUUCCAGUUGUACACAACUCUGGUAUAUGACUGUCUUCAGGCUCUGCAGGGACCCAGGUCUGCCUGUCUGCCACAGCUGUUGGUGUCCAUACGGAGCACUGUUGCCUGGAUGCUGGAAAUGCUGGAAGAUGUUCCUGUCAGAGAGUGGUCUGAAUAUCUGGAUCUCUCAGCGUAUUGUGUGUCCCGGCUGGCCUAUAGCUUCUAUUUUCAUAAGAUGUAUGAGGAGUCAAACUCUAUAGUGGAGCUUUUCUGCAGCUGGCUGAGCAAGGAGGAACUCUUCAAAUAUCCAGAUUUGCCUACAGAAAAGCUACACAACUGCUUUAAGAUACAAGUGGAAAACUACAGGAAGCUUGGCUUGUUAGAGGAGGCACUCCAGAGUGUGGUACUCUGGCUGGCUUCUUAUUGCAGCAAGAUCCCUGAGCAGAUGGCAGAGCCAAUUUCCUCCUGGGUCAAAGUCAAAAUGGAUGCCAACAAAAGUGGGGCUGAUGACCUGAAACUGAAGACUCUGAAGGAGGGCCUGGAAGGUUUUGACUUAGAUUCCGAGAUCCUCAUGGCAGUGCUGUUGGAGGAACUGAAGGCCUACAAGUCUGUGCGGGUGGACACCGGCCAAGAGCGCUUUAAUGUGAUUUGCGACCUGCUGGACAUCUGCUCGGAAGGCAGCAGUUGGGUCCAUGAGCGGGCUGUGAUUCUGGUGGAACUGGCGCAGGUGUUGUGUUAUCAUGACUACAGUGAGCAGACAGAAUGCUCUGCCCUGGACUCCAUACAUGAAGCCCUGCGACUGCUAGACUCUGUACCACAGACCCCCCAGAAUGAGGUGCAGCUUCAAGACGACAAGGCUCAAGCCUUACUCUGGCUCUACAUCUGUACAAUUGAGGACAAAAUGCAUAAGGGCAUAGAACAAGAGCAGAGGGCCAGAAAUGCCCAAGGACAAAAUGACACACAUGUUCUUGAGGGCUUUGAGACGAAUGAUCUUGGCUAUGAAGAUAAGUCUCAUGAUGACAAGUUCCUGUAUCUUGGCAUUGCAUUUAACCUGUCUGCAGAUUCUGUGCAAUCAAAAUGUUUGGAUGAUGCUCUUGCUUUGUGGAAGCAGCUCCUCUCCAAGGGCGGAAUCCCAGCUGUGCGUAGCAUUGAGCAGACAAGAGCAUCCCUACACAUCAUGGCAGCUUUGUACAGAGUUAUGGGGAAGCCUCUGAAAGCCAUGGAGAGCUAUUUCCUGAUCAAAGCUCUCUGUGAUGCACUUCAGGACUCCAUCGGAAAGACCAGCGCUUUGUGCCAUGUUGCCAAGCUACUUCUCCAGCUGGACUGCCCUAGCUAUGCAGAGACCAUCUUAAUGGAAGCUGAAUUCUGUUUGCAACAUUUGGACCAACACAGUGACAGCUGCUUGUUGAUGAAUCAGACCCUAGCUGUUCUCCGUAGCGAGCUGUGCUUAGCAAACUGCAAGAUUGAAGAAGGCUUUGGCCUACUAGUAGAAACCCUGCAAAACCCAGCAUUGCAAAGGUCAUCAAAAGUUUGGUACCUACUACGAGCCAGCACUCUCCAGUUAACAGCCACAUAUCUUGGUCUGCCUCCCUCCACUCUUCCAUUGGUGCUCAGGCAAAAACUCCACUCUCAGGGAUGGAAGACCCCUGAAAGGGCUUUGAGUGAUGCACAUAAACUUUACCGCAGUAUUAUCUUGAACUUCUCACUGAUUAACUGUGACACGGCUAAAGAGGUUGCUGAGCAUCAAUUUGUUGAUCAUGGUGAUAACCUGGUGCAGAAGUGGCAGGUGCUGGCUGACAUGUUCAUUUGUUCUGAGAGCUUUGUUUCCCUCCUGAGCCAGAUUGAGGUUAUAAGUGAAGCUAAAGCUGUCUGUCUGGAAACACUCAAAAUAUCCAUGAAACUGCAAUCAAUUCGAUGGUGUGCUCGCUUUCUGGUCCUGAAGAGUGGGUUAGAACUGCAGUGCAACAAGCAGGAGCUGUGUCGCUCAGACCUUGACCAGGCCCUCUUUCUUCUUGAGUCGGGCACAGUAUUUGAAACAAAAGAGAACAAAGUUGAUGUGAAAAUCAGGCCCAAAAAAAGAGGGCUUAAGGAAAAGAAACCUCAAGGUCAGUGCUUUUACCCGUCAGAAGAGCCGCCAUUCUUGAAAGAGUUUUCCCUCGAGUUCGUAGACACAGUCUCCAUGCAGAAGGAGACCUCUCUAAGCACCUCACCAGUGCUGAGGCCAGAGCAGAAGAAGCGGCCCAGCUUCCUUAUGCACCUGGACACAUGCUGCUGCUUGCUGUGCUCCGACGUGGUUCUUUUGGGUGUCUGCCUUUGCUGGCUGGUCACUGAUGCUGAGAUGGAGCUGGCCUUUGGGGACAAGGGAGAAGGGCUGCAUCUCCUGGAGUGCAGCCUGAGCCGGUGCACUGCUGCAGCUUUACGCAUCUCUGACAUGCUGGCCUGUGUCUCUCAAGGCAAAGGGAAGGAGGCUGUUGUCCAGCCUCAGUCCACAGUCAAGCUUUUUGACCAUUUGGUAGCCCGUAUCUAUGUAGCACUGGCCAAACAAGGCCUGUAUACCAGAAGACCUAAAAAGCAGCUUUGGAAGCUUCUGGAAACUGGCUUGAACUUUCUCUCUUCCAAAGGACCUCAGUUGCCUGGACUCAAAUACCAGAGGGCCUGGCUGCUACUUGCCAAAGCUGUAGCUACCAUCUCUGUCCUGGCUUCCAGACAAGACAGCUGUUUGAAAAACAUUUUUUCUAGUGCUUGGUCCUGGAAGUCCCCAUUGUCUCUGGAGGGAAGCCAAGAAAACAAGCUGACUGUGGCAAAGACGACACUUGAUGCACUUUGUACACUGCCCCUGAAGAGCAAGACACGGAGGCAGCCAGGUGCAGCCCCUAAAGCAAAGCCUAAGAGAAUCCAAGAAACCAAGCCUGUUCCUGUGUCAGGACUUAAUGAUCCAUUUGCCCUGGCUGACUCAGACUCAGAAGUUCCUAUAAUUGUUCUUGGGCCUCCUGUUGAGCACCAGACCCCAGCACAGAAAUCCCUUCGGGCCUCAAAGAGAGGGCCAUCCUCAGCAGUCAAGGCAAGCCUCGUCCGCAAGCCUUCAUUUGUGGUCUUUGAGGAAUCUUCUCCAAAGGUGAAGGCUGAACUUCUAAAGGCUCCCAAAGUUACCAGAAGAAUGAAAUCUCGAAUUAAGAUCCCCUUCAGUGAUGACAGUGACCUGGAAGGCCCUCCAGAAGCUAUGCAGGCAUCGCAGCUCCCUGCUGCUCAGGAACUGGUGGCUGCUCCCAGACGGAGAGGCCUAAGGUCUGCAUCUAGCAGAAAGCUGACACAGUCAAAUCUGGCUAAAACGGACGGGUGCAAUGCCAGCUUUUCAGCUGACUGCUCCCAGGAGGCAAAGACAAAGUGCCAGGCCGGAAGGCCUUGUGUCAGGAGAGUUGCCAGGCGAGGAAAGCAGCAAGAAGACAUCCAGAAAGCUCUUUGUGAAGAAAGAACUUGCCAAGUUCAGAAUGAACAUACAGGAGGAGAGGAGGAGGAGGAGGAGGAGGAAGACAAGGAAAUCUUGAGGACCAUUGAGGAGGAGUUAGAUGCCUGCUUUGAAAGCAUGUGGGUUUCCAAUGAGGGAAAAGCCUUUAAAGGAAGUACAAGACAAGCCUGUUCAGAAGAUGGCCAAGAAGUUCUCCGGCGAGAUGUCAGUGCUGACUUGCAGGAAACAUUCUCGGUUGUGGGGAAGAACAGCUUUGGGGACCCUUUCAACUUGUGCACACUUGCCUCUUCACUGGACAUACCUGCCAGCUUCUUAACCAUGGACUCUGUCUAUGACUCCUUGCAAGCUGCCUUCCACUCAAUCAGCCAUUACCCUCCGGGUGCCCUCUACAGCCAUAUUUGCCAGCUGAUGGCCCUGUGCACUGGAAGCCGGGAUCCCAUUGCUACAGCCUACCUGGUCUCAGAGUCCGUCUCCAUCACUCUUCGUCAUCAGAUAGUGCCCAUGAUUCACAGGAAACUCAACAAAAUGAAAAAAGUGUCAGUGGCCAACACAGCCAAGCAGUUGGAAGCCUUGAGCCUGCAAAAAGGAAAAGCUGAUUCUCGGCUCCAGUACCUCUCAGAGCUACAGAACCUCUUUGAGUUCAGCUGCCCUAGCCUGCCAAAGUUGGAGACGGAGAACUUCAGAAAGCAGCUGCAACAAAUCCCCCAUGGGGUAAGAGUCUGCAUAUUGUCCUUGGUGAGUAUCCAGCCAGAAGCUGUCGGAGACAUCCUCUUGUUGACACGGCUGGAGAAGGAUACUGCCCCUGUGACCCUCCAGAUACAGACUGCACACAGUAAGGCACCCUUAAGCACAGUGCUUGGUGAGUUGGAUGCCAUCCUACAGAAACAGAAAGAGACCUCAAAUUUCACUGAGAAGAAGGACUGGUGGACUGGCCGGAUUGCACUGGACCAAAGAAUGAAGGCUUUAACAGAGUCCUUGGAAAUGAAUGUGCUGAGCUGCUGGAGAGGUGCCCUGCUACCAGCCUGUGAGGACCCAAGCUUGGCCAAAGAGGCCUCCCACCUUCAGACUUGUCUCAGGAAGUGUGGCUGUAAGGAUGUAGACCUGGCACUGCUCAAGGUAAUGCUGACUGGAUCGCAUCUCUUGACCACCCAAGAUGUGCAGUGCUUGGUGCAGGGGCUCAGCCCAGCUCAGCCUGAGAGAGCCCAGAACCUUCUGCAGGAGGUAGUGGACAGACUGAGAUCCUGGACCAGUCAAGCGUCAAGUGGCCACUUGGUCCUCAUGCUGGAUAAACAUCUGCAGAAGCUCCCCUGGGAAAACAUACCAUGCUUGAAAGACCAGUCAGUGACCCGGCUACCAUCCCUGCGUUUCCUGCUUGGUUCCUCACUUACUAAAAAGUAUCAGCAAGAAACUAUCCUUAACAACGGGGUCAAUCGCAGCAGCACCUUCUAUGUCUUAAACCCCCACAGGAACCUUCCUCGGACAGAAACAAUGUUCAAAGACUGGUUUCAAAGUGAGCCUGGGUGGACAGGAGUCGUGGGAGAGACCCCCUGUGCAGAUCAAGUACCCCUGGCCCUUGAAGAACGUGAUCUCUACAUCUAUGCUGGGCAUGGUGCAGGUGCACGUUUCGUGGACUCCAUCCUUAAGGUGGACUGCCGGGCUGUGACUCUUCUUUUUGGCUGCAGCAGUGCUGCCUUAGCAGUGCAGGGCAACCUGGAGGGAACCGGCGCUGUUCUCAGGUUCAUCAUGGCAGGAUGUCCCCUGGUGCUGGGUAACCUCUGGGAUGUGACUGACCGAGACAUCGAUCGCUACAUGGAGGCACUUCUGAAAAGUUGGCUCGAUGCAGGAUCUGGAGCACCACUGCUGCACUCUGUCAUACAGUCCCGUCAGGCUCCCAAACUCAGAUACAUGAUUGGUGCUGCCCCCAUAGCCUAUGGCUUACCCGUGCACCUGAAGUAGAUAACAUGAGAAGUUAUCUGGCCCAGGGUGGUUUGACCUGGACGAAUUUUUUCUUACACUCUGAACUGACUUCAGUGCAAUCAGCUCUUGGGAAGAGAGAGGAUAAAUAUUUGGGUGAGGCAAAUUGGUUUGGUCACCAGUUGCCUUACCUCAUCUUCAGUAGCCUGAAUUGCCUUUAUGAGGGAUAUAUCUUAAGCUCCCAUGUUUCAGAAUAUUUAACGUUUACAUAGUGUACAAAUCAAAUUUCAAAGAUUGUAAUUUAUUCUUAAGUCUAUUUAUAUUUUAAUGUUUCAAAGCCUGAAUAAACAUUAUAGCAAA